UUGAUGGCUCCGGCACCUACCAGGUCCAGGUAUCCAACAGUGACAGGUACCUGAUCCCAGUGGCUAUGUUCAGGGACCAUUUCACCCUGUCACCCAACAAACUGGUCCUGUGUGAGGUCCUUAAGUACAACCGCUUGCCUGCAGGUACUUGUCAAAGAAAAUGUGACUGCUAGAGAUUAUUUUUCUACUUCAGUUGACACAGACCAACUGGUUUUGGUCUAUGAUAGACAGCAGCCUGUAGGCUUUGACUGUCUAAUAUUUCCCUGUCAAUCAAACUAACCCUACAGUAUGCCUAUUCUCUCCUCUACAGAGUGUAACAUGCUUUCAGGCUGUAAGAAGGUGAAGGACUCUAUCCCCUGGUUUUGAAUGGAGCAGGAGUACACUCUCCUAGGGAUGGAUGGUCGCCCCUAUGGCUGGCCCCAAAAUGGAUUCCCAGGUCCCCAAGGUGACUGACCCUACUGUAUUAUACCUGUAUUAUUAUAUGUGUCCUUGUUAAUUUCAUCAUGUAAAUGGUCUUGAGCACUCGGAGAAGCACUACAUAUAUUAAAUCUAGCUCUAUCUAUAUGUCUAAAUAAAAUCGUAAUGUUAUCAAAUAGGCCUCUCAGGUCCAUACUACUGUGGGGUUGGUGCAGACAAUACCUAUGGCAGGAACAUUGUGGAGUGUCACUACAAGGCAUGUCUCUAUUCUGGGGUCAAAAUCUGUGGCACCAAUGUUGAGGUCAUGCCGGCUCAGGUAAACUUUGACCUUUUGCUACAAUGCUGUAUAACAAGUCUUUCAGGAAGGUUCUACAGAUGGCAAUAUAAUAUUUCCCAACUUUUCUUCUUUUCUCUCUCAGUGGGAGCUCCAGGUGGGUCCGUGUGAGGGGAUAAAGAUGGGAGACCACCUGUGGAUGGCACGCUUUCUGCUGCACCGUGUGUGAAGACUGUAAGGAGUUGUCACAACUCUGGACCCCAAACCAAUGAAGUGAAAAGGGGCAAGCUGCCACACCAACGUCAGCACCAAGGAGAUGAGGGAAGAAGGCGGGCUGCAGUGAGUAUUGCUGUAAAAACAUUAUUGCACUGUAAGAUUCAGUAAGGCUGUAUAACUACAAGAUUCAGUCCAAUACCCAACCAUCCCCUCUUCUAACAGACAUAUUGAGCAGGCCAUUGAGAAGCUAAGCAAGCGACAGGCCUAGCACAUCCUUGUGUACAACCCUCGCGGAGGCCAGGACAACAUCAGACGCCUCACAGGAUUCCAUGAAACCUCCAGCAUCUGCGACUUCUAUGCCGGGGUGGCCAACCACGGGGCCAGCAUCCAGAUCCCACGGCAGGUGGGCCAGGAGGGGAAGGAAUACAUUGAAGACCGUCAGCCCUCCGCCAGCUGUGACCCUUAUGCCAUUAUGGGCGCCAUCACAAGCAUCUGUCUGCUCGGGGUGGAGGAGAAAGAGGAGAGUACAUGA